CCUGACAGGGUGGAUGGAUGGCUAGAUGAAGUUCAAGCCUGGAGUCAUUUUGUAAGUAUGUUUAGGUUGGUGAAGCAGCACAAGCUCCUGACUGACCACGUGAAAUUCUAAAAGCCCUCUGCUCAUCAUGCAACCGCAUUAAAGUGUAGUUUCCCAAAAGAACGUCAUCCUUUACUCCAUCAAAGCCUCUGACUGAAGCGUAUUUCUGAAAAUACCCGUCUCUUCUGUGGAGUUGGUUUGAGAUCCCGCAGGACGUGUGUUUGUGACUGACAGAGAUGGGUUGGCGAGGUCAAAGGUCGGCCCUGAUGUCGCGCAGUCAAAGGUCGGACCUGAUGCUGCUGCUGCUUCUGCUGGGACUAAUAGGAUCAUCUCAUGGCACCCUGGUGAACGUUAGAGGAUUAAAGGUUCAGCGAGGUCAGACAGCCUUCCUCCAGGAGGGCGACCUGGAGUUCCUCUUCCCCACCCAGAAGGAUGCGUGCAAGGUGGAAGUCGUUUUAAAUGAGCCCAUGACUCAACGAGUGGGGAAACUCCUGCCUCAGGUAUUUGAUUGCCAUUAUCUGGCGGAUGAAGUGAAGUAUGUCCACAAUGGCUGUCCGUUGUUAAAGGAGGACACAGUGAAGCUUCGCCUGUACAGAUUCACAGAGACUGAGACGUACAUGGAGAUGUUUUCUCUCCAUGUGGAUAUUAUGGAGCCUGUGUGCAAUAUCAUUAAGCUUGGGCCCAAAUACCUGGAGGUGCCUGAGUUUUACGGGCUCUCUGAUGCCGUCGAUGGCAACGUGGUGUCCUUCCACUACGAGAGGAGGGCUAGUCUGGAAUGCAGCGUCCACAUCAGCGGUCAGGACACUCACUUGCCGGCCCAUGGCCAACUGGUCACAGGAGAACCGAAGAAAGCCACCAAGAGAGGAGACGAGCCAGAGAGCUUCGUUCACCUUACUCAGCAGCUAGACAAUAAAGCCAGGGCAAUGUGCAAAUCUGAAGAUUGUCUGAAGGGUCUGAAGCUUGUAAAGUUCACCAAGAUUCCCUGUGACGACUUUUUGCUGUUGGGGCUAAAGUACCAGCACAUUGAACCUCCAUCUCCCGACGUAGACUACAUCGCCAUCAGACUGGACCUCAAGGACACCCGGAGUGGCAGCAUUUAUAAGUUUGAGCACGCCUGGAUUCCUGUGCGGAUAAUUGGUGCGAUGCCCAACCAGCCUCCCAAACCAUCCUUCAUGUCUAUGUUUAGUCUGGAAAUAGAUCAGUUCAUCCUCACUCCGCUCUCCACUGCCACGCUAGACGCCGAAGACGAGGAAACUCCCAAGAAGCUUUUGGUUUUUAACAUCACAAAACCUCCUGAGGACGGCUUCUUCACCCAUCUGACAGAUCACACUCGUUCAGUUUCCUCCUUCACGUGGCUGGAUCUCAAUGACAUGCUGAUCGGGUACCAACCUCCUAAUUCAUCACAUACCCAACGUAGAAAUUAUGAGGUGGAAUUGGAGGUUCAUGAUUUUUUCUUUGAAAAGAGCCCAUCACUCACUGUUCAUCUGUCUGUGAGGAAUGCCAACACGAACGCACCCAGAGUUUCCUGGAACAUGGGUCUGAGCCUGCUAGAGGGCCAGUCUCGGCCCAUAACGUGGGACCAGCUCCAGAUUGUGGAUAACGACGACCUUUCUGCCGUUCGGAUCAUCAUCGUGGACGGCUUGCAGCAUGGACGGCUAACUGUGAGAGGUGGAAAGGGCUUCAUGUUUACCAUCAAUGACAUAAAAACGGGAACGGUCCGUUAUCACCAUGAUGACAGCGACUCCACCAAAGACUUCAUCAUCUUCCGCAUCAGCGACGGCCGCCAUCAGACCAGACACAAGUUCCCCAUCAAGAUCCUGCCCAAAGACGACAGCCCCCCCUUCCUCAUCACCAACGUGCUGUUGGAGGUCUGUGCGGGUGAUACGGCGCUGCUGAAGGGCUCCACCCUCCAGGCCUCGGACAUGGACUCCAGCGACGACUACGUCUUCUUCAACAUCACACACCCUCCACAGGCAGGGGAGCUCGUGAAGAUCCCAGGACCAGGGCUGACAGGUUAUCCAGUCAGCCAUUUUCUCCAGAAGGAUCUUUCUCUGUCCAUAGUUUAUUACAGACAUCUGGGGAGUGAGAUAUUGGAUGACUCCUUUGAAGUGGUGCUGUCUGACUCCCACGACCCCCCCAACCUGUCAGACCCUCAGGUGGUGGUGGUGCACGUAGAACCGGUCCCAGGCCAACCACCCAGAGAGGUUCCUGGUUCUGGUCGCUGUCUGGUGGUCAGAGAAACAGAAGUGGUCCACAUCACCCGACAGCAGCUUCACUUCCAGGACCAGGAGUCUCCGGACGGAGAGCUGACGUACACCGUUACAACCCUACCAUUCUACACCGCUCCUCACGGCAGUGCAGAUGCAGGGAGGUUAUUCCUGGUCGACAGCAUCCCCAAAUUCACCAAAGACCCAAACGCACCAGUACUGAGACUGUUCACUCAACAUGCAGUGAACUUCCUGAAAGUGGCCUACAUGCCCCCGAUAACAGACAUCGGCCCUUAUCCUCAGUACGUCCAGUUUGUCGUGUCUGUAACCGACCGCCUGGGGAAGACGGUCCCCGGGAUCUGUUUCAACAUCACUGUGAUGCCGGUGGACGACCAACCCCCACAGGUGGUCACCAACCCUCUGACGGUAGACGAGGGGGGGCAGUGCUGGCUGGGCCCCGAGCACUUGCUGCUGACAGACGUGGAUUCUGCAGAAGAAGCUCUGCUGGUGGAACUUCAGAGGAAACCAGAUCACGGGGCCUUGCAGUUCGGUGGCCGUCCACUUAAACCAGGACAGACUUUCACUCUGAAAGACCUGAAACACCUUACAGUUAGGUACAGUCAUGAUGGCUCAGAAAGUGCAGAGGACAACAUUGACUUUACUGCAACAGACGGCACCAAUUCAGUCAACUUUACUCUGCUGGUGAAGGUCAUGCCCAUCAACGAUGAGGUCCCAGUAAUGGUUGCAGGUUUGGAACCGGUUCUCACAUGUGCGGAGGGACAGGAAGCGGUCAUCACAGCAGAGUUCCUCUCUGCCACUGAUGCUGACAGUGACAACAGCAGCCUGGUCUUCUUGAUUGCGCGGCAGCCUUCUCAUGGUGUGGUGCUCAGAAAUGGAGUUGCGGUUGAUCGUUUCAUCCAGGCAGACAUCGAUGCACGGACCGUCUACUACAGUCACACAGGAGUGGAGAUAGGACUUAGUCCUCGUCACGACACCGUCACUUUUGUCAUUUCUGAUGGAGAGACGGAGAGCUCUGCUUUAUGCUGCGGUGAAGGAAACCUCCCUAGGAGCAGAAGCACGGCUCGUCUACGGGACAGUCUGCCUGUAUACGACCUCCAGAUCAUGGUGCUCCCAGUUGACAGCCAAUCACCAUCAUUAACCAGAGGAGACAUGUUCACGGUGGAUGAAGGUGGGACUUCCCGGAUAACUCCCUCCCAUUUGAAGGCCUCUGACUUGGACACGGCCUUAGAUAAUCUGGUCAUCAGUCUGAUUUCUCCUCCUCAGUUUGGUUACAUAGAAAAUGUCCUUCCCAGUCCUGGCUUUGAGAAAAGCAACACAGGCAUAAGUAUAGCUUCUUUUUCAUACAAAGACAUCAUAGAUGGCCAUGUUAACUAUGUCCAGUCCAGACACCAGAGGAUGGAACCCACAGCCGACCAGCUCAUGCUCUCUGUGUCUGAUGGCAAACAUAGCUCCGUCCACAUCCCCUUCUACAUCAUAAUCAACCCAACCAAUGAUGAAAUCCCAGAAUUUAUGGCUCGCAACAUCACAGUACGAGAAGGAGAAAUGAAGCAGCUGAGCUCGUCGGUGUUGCAUGCAAGAGAUCUGGACGUCCCGAAGAGCGACCUGCUCUUCACUGUCGUCAGACCUCCUGAACAUGGCACAAUCAUCAACCACAGCCAUGGAAAACCAACCUCAAGGACACGAGAAGCCGACCUCUCCCCCAUGAUCCACUUCACCAUGGCAGAUCUUACAAAUGGUAUGGAUCUGGUGUACAUGCACGACAACUCUGAGAACAUGGAGGACGGUUUUAUCCUCCAGCUGACUGACGGCCAACACCGGCUGAGCAGAGAGGUGGCGGUCAAAGUGCUGCCGGUGAACGACGAGGAGCCUCGCAUCAUCAGGAACAACGGCCUGGAGGUGGAGCCAGGAGAAACCAGGAUUAUAUCCAGCGUUACGCUGUUCACCCUGGACGGAGAUAACCCCUCUUCUGAGGUCGCGUACAUAUUUGAGCGUCUUCCAACUCAAGGAAUCCUGCAGCUUAAGGAAGGCCAGACCUGGGUGACCCUGACAGCUGGGCGGAACUGCACCCAGGCAGCGGUGGACAUGAACCGUCUGCGCUACGUCCACACGGGUCCCGAGAGACAGGACUUCUUUGUGUUUCACUUGUUGGACGGAAAGAAUCGAUCGCCGCCUCAGCAAUUCCAGAUCUCCGUCAAAGAUCUGGAAAAAGGAAACAUCGCAAUCUUUUUGAAACCAGUGAACGUCAGUCGAGGUGAUCGUGUGGUUCUUACCACAGAUGUUCUGCUGGCCACGGAUGGCACAGACAAGCCGGAGGAGCUCCUGUACACCGUCAUGAGCCCACCGGCCCACGGACACGUAGAGUACGUCAACCAUCCAGGACUGGUCAUCUCCACCUUCAGCCAGAUGGACGUCGCAGCAAACCUGGUGGCAUACGUUCAUGACAACCGAGCCAGCAAGACCACAGAGAUCUUUCAGUUCGUUGUGAGUAACGGUAUAACCAGUCGGAAUGGAACCUUCGAGGUUCGAGUGGAAAUGGUGGAUCGCGUCCUGCCAUCUCUGACCAACAACAGAGGUCUUACGGUCCCCCGAGGUUCUGCCGUGAUCCUGGGUCCGGACAGCCUGUCCUUGUCUGACCCCGACACUCCGCCCAGAGCCCUGACCUUCGUCCUCCAGCAGCCUCCACAGUACGGCCAGCUGCUCCUGGCCGGCACCGCGCUGACCGCCGGCUCAAACUUCACCCAGAGACACAUAAAGGAGUUGGACGUGACAUACAAAAACAACGGAGGGCCGUCGCAGAUCGACCGCUUCUCCUUCACCGCCGCCGACAGCUCGAAGCGAGGCUUCCUGCUGGAUGGACAGUUACAUACGGAGCCUGUUUUCUUCACUGUUCAGAUCAAGACUUUGGAUAAGUCGUCUCCUGAAGUGGUGAAGCUGCUCCUGCUUUGGAAAGCAGAGGUUUUAACUGACGGCCGACACGGCAUCUUCCUGACAUCUCGAGAGCUGAAAGCACAAGACUCCGACAGCACAAAAGAAGAAAUCAUGUUUUCCAUCAUUCGUCCACCGUAUUUUGGUUACUUAGAAAACAUCACAACAGGUGGUUUUGUGUCCCAGCGCUUCUGUCAGAUGGAUCUUGAUAAAAGAAGGAUUGUCUACAUAAUCAGUCCAGACGGCGAGUCUCUGUCAGACAGUCUGGAGUUUCGAGUGUCUGAUCCUCUGGGCAACACUGGUCCCCCUCACACACUUGAGUUCCGGUGGUCCACGGUGGAGUUUUCUCAGUCCCAGUCCUCUGCGUGCGAGGCUCACGGAUCAAUCUCACUGGAAAUCGUUCGGCGUGGGAACUUAGCAGAGUCGGCGUACGUCACCGUCAAGGUAAAGGAAGACAGUGCAUUUGCCGGAAGAGAUUUUGUGAUAAAUCCACCCUCCCUCAUUCAGUUUGAUCCAGGAGUGUCAAAGCGAACGUGGCGAACCGAAAUCAUUCAAGACCAGAUUGAGGAGGCAGAUGAAAAGUUUGAGGUGCUGCUAGUCUCGUCUGUAGCCACGGUACUCGGCAGAACCAACAAGGCUCAACUCAUCAUUAAAGGACAGUGCAGGUCAAACCCGGACCCUCAGGCUCCUCUUCUUGGAGGAAAAGAGAUCCCAUCAGACAAGUAUCCCCAGCAUGGAUCCAUUAAGGUGGAAAAACUUGCCUUUGGUGCAGAAGCUGCCGUUUGGACUCGAGGAGACGGCGUCUCCAAGCCAGAAGCAAGUGUCCCAAAAAAGAAACUAAAGGUUAUUGGCAGUCCAAAAACUAUUGCUCCUUCAUCCGUGAUUCAAAAUGGGACAGAUGUGCUCUACACAUACCACGGCCUCAUGCGGGUCCGAGUAGAGGGUGACGCCUCCCCAACCAGGAAGAUCAGAAAGGCGAGUGUCCGAGUGGUGAACCGGGGGACCCAGCAACAGGAGUCUGCUGAGAUUAAAAAAAAGAAGUUGGAUCCUCUGAGAGAGACUCCAAAACCACAUAAAACCAAACAUGCGACAGCUAAGCCCUGCAGACCAGAACUGAAGGGUCUCCUGCACUUCAACCAAACCACCAAUCAGCUCUAUCACUGCAACGGCGUCUCCUGGAAACCCUGGGCACCCACCCAUCAGAUGGUGAAUGCCCAGAAAUGUCCACAGGGCUGGACGUCUCAUCAUGGCCACUGCUACGUUCUGUGUGCCGAGCAGAAGGUCACGUGGAGCGUGGCUAACCGGGUCUGCAGGGAAAGAUAUAAGGGAACUCUUGCGAGCGUCUUCUCUAAAGCUGACAUGGAGUGGCUGUGGGACUUCAGUGGAAGACAGCCAUUCUGGAUAGGCCUCAGUGACAGAGAGGGCCGAGGACGGUGGGAGUGGGCGGACAGCCGUCCCGUCAGCUACACUAACUGGAACAUUCCGCCUCCUCUGUCCAAAAGGAAGGGAAGUAAGAAAUGUGUGCUGGUGUGGAGGAGAGCCAAGUGGCAGACCAAGGCCUGCAGGAGCGGCAGAGGUCAUCACUUUGUGUGUUCAGCAAAAACGUAACUUCUACCGUGUCAUGACCUGGAAUCACUCGCUCACUGGGACGUUUGUGAAAAGGCGCAGGAGGAGCGGCUGAUCCUCAGGAUGCUAACGCCACAAGAACACGUUACCUUUGGACUGAACUGUGGGAAUAUUUCACAACCGAGUAUCUAGGAGACCUGGUUUACGCUCUAUUUACUCCUUCUAACCACUGAAAGUAUUGUUAACUUUGUAAAUCCUCUUGAAAGAAAUAUUUAGUGGCUUUUCCUUGUUUUCAGUCAGAAUGGGGACUUUGAUGAAUCCCAGUAGUCGUAGUGUUGGCAUUGUUUAAUUUAUCUCUUGCUACUAUUGUACACAUUCAUAAAUGGAUUUGUGCUUAAUAGUCUUAAGCAUGAAUGUUGCCUCCACUGUGUUGGUUUGGUGAUGUUAUUGGUUUUCAUAUCAAUUAAUGAAAAUAGUAAAUAAUGUCUGUGUGGACUGUAGUUAUUACACAGUUAUUACUGUUAAUACUGUCAUUAGACAAUGAAGUGGUGCUGAUGCUGCCGGGGUCAGACUUGUGCAUCAUUUUGUUGAUCAUAAUAUUUUAAUUGAGCGUCUUAAAAAUUGGGUGAGCAUUUCAGGGUUGGUUUUAGAUUGGUUCCGUUCUUAUCCGUCCGAAAGGUCUUUCCUUGUAGAAAUUGGUCAUUUUCAGUCAUCUUCAUCACCAUUAGAUUAUGGAGUUCCUCAAGGUUCUGUUCUCGGCCCAUUACUGUUCUCCAUUUACAUGCUUCCUCUAGGUAAUAUUAUUACAAAACACAAUAUUAAAUACCAUUUCUAUGCCGAUGAUACACAAUUAUACCUUUCGUUUGAUAAUAGCAACUCCAAUCAACUAAAUAACCUCCACAUGUGCAUUGCAGAUAUCUAUAACUGGAUGGCAUCAAACUUUUUACAACUUAACUCAGAGAAGACAGAAAUCCUCAUCAUAGGCCCAGACUCAUCACAAAAUCAUAUUUCUUCCCAUCUUGGUCCCCUCUCAUCCAACAUCACCACUUCUUGUAGAAACCUCGGUAUUAUUUUUGACAAACACCUCAAUUUCGACCAGCAUUUAAAUUCCGUUGUCCAAUCAUGCUUCUUCCAUCUUAGAAAAAUAUCCAAAAUCAGGUCAUUUCUUUCAUCUAAAAACCUAGAGACAGUUUAGUUAUAGAUGCAUUUAUUUCAUCCCGGUUAGAUUACUGCAAUUCACUUUUUUCAUGCCUCACUCAGCAAAAUCUAAAUUAAAGUCCCUUCACUGGCUCCCAGUCCGUUUUAGAGUGGAUUUAAAAAUGUUAAUUAUUACUUUUAAGGCUGGUAUGGGGCUAGCUCCUGAUUCCAUAGCUGACCUCCUGACCUCACCCUGAGAUCCUCUGGUGGGUCAUUCCUGGCCAUUCCUUGGUCUAACUUAAAGACCAAGGGUGACCGGGGCUUUUCUGUUUUAGCCCUCGCUUAUGGAAUGACCUGCCGGAGGAGAUCAGGGGAGCUAACACAUUGUCUUCUUUUAAAAACUCACUAUUUUACACUUGCGUUUAAAUGACUGUAUUAUUUGUCUGUUUUUAUUAUCUCUCAAUUGUGUCUUAUCUUAAUAUUGUACUAAUUGUUUGUUUCCUGUUUUUAAUUGCAUGUAAAGCACUUUGUGACUUGUUUUGAAAAGCGCUUUAUAAAUAAAGGUAUUAUUAUUUCACUGUU